GGUGCCCGCGGGGCGCGCAUCUCUCCCUUGAGCCACCAGCAAACGCGGCGCUGUCCCAAGGACGAGCCCCCUUCGCGGCGCUCCCGGCCGGCUGCCUCCCCAUCCCUGCCUUCCGCCCCGUGCGCGAAGCGAGCUCCUUAUCGUCCGCGCCUCCCUCCCCACCCCCCCUCCCAGGCAGCCGGGCCAAAGUGCGGCGCGGAGGCGGCCAGGUUGGCACGAGACGCUCCCGACGGGCCUAGACUGCUUGGCUGUGCAGCCCCGCGUGACUCGGCCCGGACCACCAUGGCGCCCGCCCACCCGCGCCUCUCGGCCCUCAGCGUGUUCCAGUGGGUGCUCACCUUCCUCUUCUUCGGGAUCUUCUUCACGAGUGUCCUGAUUGGCCUGCUCUUCACCUCCUACUGGUCUAUCACAGUCCUUUACUGCACUUGGUGGAUCAUAGACUGGGAGACCCCGGAGCGAGGUGGCCGCCGCUGUGAAUGGAUGCGGAGGUGGCGGCUGUGGCGGCUGCACCGAGAUUAUUUCCCCAUCAAGCUGGUGAAGACGGCUGAGCUGCCCCCCACCCGGAACUACGUACUGGGCUCCCACCCCCACGGCAUCAUCUGUGCGGGGGCCUUCUCUACCUUCUGCACAGAGGCGACCGGCUUCUCUCAAACCUUCCCGGGCCUCAAGUCACACCUCUGUCUCCUCAGUGGGCUCUUCCACCUGCCCGUGUACCGCGAAUACAUGAUGAGCUCAGGCAUGGUCCCGGUCAGCAAACGGUCUCUGGACUUCGUCCUGCGGGGGGGCCCGGGUCACGCCGUGAUCAUCGUGGUGGGCGGCGCAGCGGAGUCGCUGGGCGGCGCCCCCGGGGAGCACCGGGUCGUUCUGAGGGGGAGGCGCGGCUUCGUGCGGUUGGCGCUGCAGCACGGGGCCGACCUGGUGCCGGUGUAUUCCUUCGGAGAGACCGACAUCUUCCGACAACUGCAGUUCGCGGAGGGCAGCCGCGCCCGCCGCCUCCAGCAGGCCUUCAAGGAGCGCGUCGGCUUCGCGCCCUGCCUCUUCCGCGGGAGCUCCUGGGGACUCCUGCCCUUCGCCGCCCCCAUCACCGUCGUGGUGGGAGCGCCCAUCCCGGUGCCGCGCCGCCAGUCGCCCACGGAGGAGGAGGUCGCUCACUACCACCGGCUCUACGUGGCCGCCCUGCGCUCCCUCUUCGAGGCCCACAAAGGCCAGUGCGGCCUCGCCCCCUCGGCGGAGCUCGUCAUCGCGUAGCCCCCCCCUCCCUCAAUAAAGACUCUCC